AUGAGCCGCAUGGCGUCGGUGAUCACGCCGCCGCGGCCGCAGCGCGAGAAGUGGGUCGCCUGGCCGCCCGAGCGCCUGCCGACGAAGCCCAACACGUUCCUCGCGACGACGAGCAGGAAGUCCGGCAGCAUCAUCGCCGUCGGCUGGGACGGCAGCGAGUACUACGCCUUCGACGCGCGCUGCUUCCACCACGGCGCGGAUCUGUGGACCGACGACGCGACGCGCGGCGGCGACAUCGAGGACGGCGCGCUCACGUGCCCCGCGCACGGCCGCCGCAUCGACUGCAGGACGGGCGCCUGGCUCGGGGACCCCUGCGCCGGGUCGGCGCGGCACCGCGUCUACGCGACGCGCCGGCGGACGGCGCCGGGCGGCGCGGCGAUCGUCGAGGUCCGCGUCGACGAGCGCGACGCAGGGCAGGAAAAGGGUGAUUCAACGCGCGACGGCGCCUUCGACAGCGACGCCUACAAUACGCCGGGCCUCUGCCCCAGCGCCGCGCGCGCGCGCCAGGCCCGCGCGGCCGUCACGCCGGACAAGGCCCCCGAGCGACGGCCGCCGCCCGCAGACGACGCGGACCGGUCCGUGCGCCGGCGCCUCGCGUACGAAUCCGACGACGACGACGCCAUGGAUGAAGGGUAA